UCGCCUAGCAACACAAUAAGCUGACCUCGAGCGCCAUGUUUGUUGGCUGUCUUCACACAACUCCGUCUUUUCGAAUGAUCUAAACCAACAAAACCUCAGCAAAAUCCACUCAAUUCCAUCCAUAAAUCCAGCAACAACAUGGCUGUUCAAUAUGCGCCGACAAAACUCCGAGUUCCGCCUGGUUUUCAGAACAUUUUAGAGGGUUUUGCGCGCGAGGUUCUUCGUGAACAACCACAAGACAUCAUCCAGUUUGGAGCUCAGUAUUUCAAAGCUCAGUUAUCGAUCAGAGACGAUACAGGCAAAGAUGAUGCCAAGAGAGGAGAAAAGCUAGAAAAGCUACAGAAAGGAGAAGAUGUUGAUGUUGACCUUAAUGACCCCGAAGUACAGGCUGCAGCCACAAAAAUCCAGGCUAGUUUCCGUGGCCACAAAGCAAGAGAAGAAGUCAAACAUCAGAAAGAAGAAGAAGCAGCUGCACUCAAAAUACAAUCAAGCUUCCGAGGCCAUAAAGCAAGAGAACAAGUAAAAGAGAUAAAAGAAUCAAGAAGUAGAGAAUCUGUAGAGGCUUCACCUACAAAGGAACCUGAGAAACCAGUAGAGGAUGAAGUUGAUAUUGAUCUUAACGACCCAGAAGUGCAAGGAGCUGCUCUUAAAAUCCAGGCUUCAUUCCGAGGACACAAGGCACGGUCAGAGGUACAGAAAAUAAAAUCAUCAGAGGCAGUAGCUGCUGACGUGAAGGAUGAAGGUGAGAAGAAGAAGGAAGAGGAAGUAACUGAAGCAGCAGUAAUUGAGCAACCCUCGGAAAGCGCUCCUAAAGAAGAAGAAAUUGACAUUGACCUGAACGACCCUCAAGUAGAAAAGGCUGCAACAGUUAUACAGUCUACGUUCCGUGCCCAUAAAUCAAGAGAAAGCGUCAAAGCUAUGGUGGAAAGUGAGGGUGCUGAAGAACCAAAAGAGGACACAGUUGAUCAAGUAGAGGAGAGCACUGUCACUGCUGAUCAGGGAGACACUGACAAAGGAGAAGAAAUAGACAUUGACCUGAGUGACCCAGAGGUCAACAAGGCUGCGACUAAAAUCCAAGCAUCAUUCAGGGGACACAAGAUAAGACAAAAAUUAAAGGAUAAAUCACCUACCCCAAGUAAAGAGUCUGUUAAAACUGAGGAAGCUUCUGCUCCUGAUGAUGUUGCACCUGAAACAGCUUCUGAACAACAGUCUGCAGCACAAACAGAAGGUGAACCUCAGGAGGAUGCAGAAAUGCAAGAGGCGCCUGCCGACGCAGAUGAUAAAGCUGAUGAUGUGGUAGCAGAAUCAGCUGAGGUUGCACCAGAAACUGAGAGCGAGCCUCAAGCAGAAACCACAGCCGAGGGACAAGAAAUUGAUCCGACACCUGAAGCACAGGAAGGCACCCCACAAGCAGAUGAUACAGAUAAACCAGACGAUACAGAUAAACCAGAUGACACAGAUAAACCAGUCGAUACAGAUAAACCAGACCAAACACCUGAAGAUACCCAACAAGCAGAGGACGAAGUUGAAAGUUAGAUCAAUAUGUGUUGACAUAAUGGGGAGACAAUUUUAUAAAAGCUAAAUCUUGUUUUUUUAACGAGAGCAAGAAAGCAUCUUGACUUGUAUAUAAAAUAUGUAUCGGACUGUCUGUAAAUUGGAUUUGUCUUUUUAUGAUUAAAAAAAUCGAAAAAA